AUGCUUCUAAGAACUGUGGAAUGCUCCAUUCUUCCUCUGAACAAGAGAGACUAUUUUAUGCUUGACUUGAUUUCGAUAAGAACUGGGAAACUGGCCACUCGGCCCAACUCUUCAAAGAACUCUUAGCCAAAUUAAAUAAGGAUAUUAGAAGACACCACAAAAAUCAUAUCCCUCGAGUAGGAGAUCAAUGUGUUGACCUACUACAUGGAGGAAGAACUAGAUCACUCAGUGUUUGAAAUAAUUUAUUGCAAGAUUGGAAUCAAUAUCUGCUAAGACAAAUAUCAUCCUCUUAACUGGCAUAUAAUAUUGGGUAGACAAUAUGAUUUACCAGAGAUUGUAUUAAAUCCAUCUGCAACUUUUGGAGGUCUUUCAGAACCAAUGUGGUCUAUUUAGUCAUUUAAAUAUUUGCUGUUGGAACAAAUAGAGGAACAUCUUUCAUAGCUGCGCCAGAUGCUUCAAGAAAAGCAGGCUUGUCCAAAACUAGAGAUGGAUUGCUGGUGA